AAAUCAAAACAAACAAAAAUAACAACCAGAUUUUUGAAGAACAAAAACCCUAAAUAAAAACACUUUCUCUUCUUCUUCUAUCCCCAAAUUUUCAAAAUCCCAGGUAAUAAUGAAGCGGUCAAAACAAUCUGAUCCAACUCCUGAUACUAACGACAAUGUUUUCAAGGCUAAAAGAAUAAUAGCAGGAUCCCCUUUUGAUUCAAACAGGAAGGAACAACCAUCAUGGGAAACAAAAUUAGAUGUAAAGAGAGCUGAAGAAUCUCAGCUGCAAGUCAGAGCUUUAAACAAGCAAUUUGCCAGUUGGGUUCAGUUGCAAUUACAACAUCAUCCGGAUGAGCUUUGGCAAGAUGGUGUCCAAGACUAUCUUACUCAUGCGACGGGCAUUAUGGAGAAAUACAGUGACAUUGUUGCUUGGAUAAAAGCAAAUGCAGCAAAAGGAGAAAAUGUAACUAGCGCUGUGUCACAUGGCACAGAGAAUAAAUCGAUACCUGAAGUGAAAAGUCCUGAAUUAAAGUUCCCUUCUAAUAAUAAUAGUGUGUUUGGAACUAGUAGUGCAUUCGGGAAUAGUAGUGCAUUUGGCAAUAAUAGUGUGUUCGGCAACAACAAUGUUUUUGGCAGUGAUAGAAAGUUGGUGCCUGAAGCAAAGAAAAAUGAAGUAAAGUUCCAGUCUAAUAAUAAUAGUGGGUUUGGUCCAGCGGGUUCAACCUUUGGCACUGACAAUAAAUUGGCUCCUGAAACAAAGAAUAAUGAAGUGAAGUUCCAGAGUGGGUUUGGUGUGGCGGGGUCAACCUUUGGCACUGAUAAUAAAUUAGUGCCUGAAGCAAAGAAUAAUGAAGUGAAGUUCCAGACUGAUAAGAAUAGCGUGUUUGGUCUAGCAGGAUCAAACUUUGGCAGUGAUAAAAAAUCGGUGCCUGAAGCAAAGUUCCAGCCAAAUAACAACAGUGUGUUUGGUCUAUCGGGGUCAGCCUUAGGCAGUGAUAAAAAAUUGGUUCCUGAAGCAAAGAAUCAUGAAGCGAAGUUCCUGCCUAAUAGCAACAGUGUGUUUGGUCUAACGGGGUCAGCCUUUGGGACUGAUAAGAAGUUGGUGCCUGAAGCAAAGAAUACUGAAGUGAAAUUCCAGUCUAAUAACAAUAGUGUGUUUGGUCUAUCGGGGUCAAGCUUUUCGCAAGGGACUGAAAAAAAAUUGGUGCCGGAAGGAAAAGAUAAUGAAGUCAAGUUUCAACUAAAUAACACUAGUGUUUUUGGUCAAGGGGGUUCAAAUGCAAGCUAUGCAAGUCCUUGGGGUUCCAGCCAGAUGUCAAACAACUCGUCACCUGUCGUGUUUGGGGGGAGUCAAACUCCGCUUUCUGUAAAUCGUCAAGCUUCAGAUGAUGCAGAUGCUGAAGAUGAAGUGGAGCAACCUAGCAGCCCGUCAGUUAAGAAGACUGAAGAAAAGGGUAUCAAAAUAGUAUAUGAACUCAAAUGCAAGCUGUAUGUAAAGUCAACCGAUCCUGCUGAUAAAGGAUCUUGGAAAGACAAAGGUGUGGGUCAGCUUUCCAUCAGAUGCAAAGAAGGUGUUAGUAAAGCUACUAAAGAGUCAAAGCCAACAAUCAUUGUUCGGAAUGAUGUGGGGAAGGUAUUGCUCAAUGCUUUGUUAUAUCCAGGGAUCAAAACAAAUAAGCAAAAAACUGCCAUUGUUGCGAUAUUCCAUACUUCGGUUGAAACAGAUGGGAACAGCAAAGUUUUAGCUCAGACCUAUUUAUUAAGGACGAAAUCAGAGGCCGACAGAGACAAACUAGCAUCAAUGAUACAAGAAUAUGCUCCAGCAGCCUAAGGUUGUCAUUAAAGGCCGUCAUUAAAGUGUGUUCUAUUAUGUACACUUGAGCUAGAAAUAAUGCGAUGUUGUAAAAUGGGUAUCUGAACAGAUUUUAUGUUCUAUUUGGUUUCGUCAUUUUUGUUUAUUUAUUCAGUUUGGAAUAUCUGAAAUUAUUCUGUAAACUAUUUUCUUUUUUCAUUUAAUGGAAUUUCUCGUUUUUUUUUUC